AUGCUUCAGUUCGUCCAGAGGCACAUCCACGACCACCUGACAGAGCGCAGAAUCCGCCGGACCCGACUGGUGACCAAAGAUGGCCGCUGCAACAUUGAGUUUGGCAACAUUGAGUACCAUAACCACUUUGCCUUCCUGGUGGACUUCUUUACGACGAUUGUGGAGAUUCGCUGGCGUUUCGUCCUCCUCCUCUUCAUCGCCUCCUUCACAGGUAGCUGGUUCAUCUUCAGCCUUCUAUGGUACUGGAUCGCCACGAGCAAUGUCAACUGUAUAUGCAAUGUUAAUUCUCUCACCACGGCUUUCCUGUACUCCUUGGAGACCCAGACCACCAUUGGUUAUGGUGGACGGGCACUCACUGGGCACUGCCCUGGCACCGUGGCCAUCAUCGUCGUCCAAUCCCUCAUCGGGGUCUUUAUCAACUGCUUCAUGUGUGGGGUGAUCCUGGCAAAGAUCUCCCUUCCCAAGAAGAGGGCAAAGACAGUGACCUUCAGUGACACAGCGGUCAUCUGCCAGAACAAGGGCCGCCUGUGCCUGGUAAUUCGAGUGGCCAACCUCCGUAAGACCUUACUCAUCAGGAGCCAAAUCUAUGGCAAGCUGCUUAGGACAACUGUCACUCCGGACAGCGAAACUAUAAUUCUGGACCAGGUAGGCAUUGACUUUGCAGUGGACGCUGUCAAGGACAACCUGUUUUUUGUCUGUCCGUUGACACUGUACCACGUCAUUGACAACGCCAGUCCGUUCUACGACAUGACAGCAGACACCCUCCAGCAGCAGAACUUUGAGCUGGUGGUCUUCCUGGACGGGACGGUCGAGUCCACCAGUUCCGCCUGCCAGGUACGGACCUCCUUCAUCCCCCAGGAGGUCCAGUGGGGAUACAGCUUCCUGCCCAUUAUCUCCCGCACCAAGUCGGGCAAGUACCGCGUGGACUUCUCUAAUUUCUCCAGAACCGUGCCGGUGACGACCCCACACUGUGUCCACUGCUUUCAGAGUGAUCUAGGCCAAUGCAACAACAACAAUAACCAAAACAACCACCACAAGAAGCUGGGUAUUGACAACCCCAGAUUCGAGGUGAUUGACGUUCAAGACACAAUGGAUGUCACAAGAAUGUGA